GGGUGAGACCUCGUGAGAAACACACGUCGUUGUUUCACGACACUGCUUCUUUAAACUUUAACGCCUUAUUCCAGUGCGUGGGCGCGUGUGAGGUGGCAUGUUUUGGCUGCGCGUUGUAACAUCCCUCUCGCCGCCGCCGCCGCCGCCGACGCAUCCUCCCGGGAGUGAUGGGUUCCAAGUUGACCAGACAGAGAAGUCUCGAUCUGGAAACCAAAGUGUCCAAGAGGAGACGCCAGAGGAAUGACAACCCGGCGGAGAGCGAGAGAAGUGGCGCCAGAGACUUCUUGUUUACCUCCUUGGUGCUCAAGUCCGACAAGCUCCCGGGGAUGCUGCGCAAAAGCCACCACAGCCCGUACGUCGGGCGGGUGGCGUGGAUCCGGGAGAUCCAGAGGCUUCUCCGGGAGCAGAGGAUGGAGCAGGCGGCCGAAGUGCUCAAACUGCUGAGGAAGGAUUUGGGGCUCCAGGGAACGUCGCUCAAUGAAAUCUUGUACAAGAACGCUGCUUUUCUAAACCUGGUGGACCCCAUUUCUCACGAGCUGCUGCUCAGUCUCGCCCGGGACCUGCAGUGUCCAAAAAGGGAGACCGACUCAUUCAAGUCCACCAACAAGAUCUGCCGCCAGCUGAUCUUCCACCUGACCCCUCACUCCAAGUGGACGAGACAGGGCGUCCCCAGGAGGAAGUCUCAGGCCUGUCUGAAGACCACCCUGAAGAAGAAACUGUCCGGCGACGUCUUCAACCUGUCUGGCAUCCCGCUCUCUGGCCGAGACGUCCGCCGCGUGGCCCUCUACCUGCAGGGCGCCGCGGGCCCCGUGUCGGCCGUGGACCUGAGCUUCACCGAGCUGCGGGACGAGAGCCUGCGGCUGCUGCUGCCCUGCCUCGGCGCGCUGCCCAAACUGACCAUACUGGCCGUCAACGGCAACCGGCUGACGACGGCCGUCCUGAAGGACCUGACGGAGGCGGUGAAAGACCCCAAGAGGUUCCCCAGCCUGGCCUGGGUCGACCUGGGCAACAACGUGGACAUCUUCACUGUGCCGCAGCCGCUGCUCGUGGCCCUGCGGCGCCGCUUCGGUCUGCGCAGCAGCCUCCCGACCAUUUACGAGUACAGGGAGGCGCAGGCCUUCGGGGGCUACAACCCAAACAUGGAGACGUCUGCAGAGGAGCCCAGUCUGUACGAAGAGGAGGAGGGGGAGGAGAAAGAGGAGGAGGAGGAGGACAGUCUGGAGCUUCGGGCCUGGGGCUUCGGAGGAGUUAAAGUGUCAAAAAGUGCGCCGUUGCACUUCUGUGAGAGGUGAUCGGCCGGAGCUGCUUUGCUUUUAAGCCGGCUGCCCCUCAUGUCCCUCAGUAUCACCUUCAAAUAACCAGUAACUGUGUUGUACGUCCCUCUGGAAACACGGAAACUCCGCAACGGGAUGCAGGCCGCUCCGUGGUUUGUAUCGACGCCGAGAAUCCAUCUCUGAUUUGAACUUCACUUGUCCGGGAGAAGCUGAAGCCGGCGCGUUUGCCGUUUCCCAUUAUUUGCCCUCUUGAGGUCAAGUGCCUUGCACAAGGGCACCUCGAGGAAAGCGGUUGAUGAAUGCGUUAUGAAUUCACAUUCCCGGGGCACAUUUAUCCAGCUGGUCCCUCCGACAGCGUCCCCCCUCUUGCUGUCCCAUUUCUGCAGCUGUCAGAAUAAGUCAAAGUAACUAAAUGUCCUACUUGAGAAAUGGUUUAUCCGGACUCACGUUUUCCUGCUCAACUGCGUUGAGAUUAGGUUCAUGUAAAAGAUGAUUCCAGAGUUGUUUUAUUUCUGUUGGGAAGCUAUUCAGUGAUUACAAGUAAAUGACGCAUACUGAACACAUACUGACCACAUAGUGAACACAUACUGAACGCAUACUGAAAACAUACUGAACACAUACUGAACACAUACUAUACACAUACUUACCACAUACUUAACACAUACUGAACACAUACUCAACGCAUACGAAACGCAUACUGACCACAUACUUAACACAUACUGAACACAUACUCAACGCAUACGAAACACAUACUGACCACAUACUUAACACAUACUGAACACAUACUGAACGUAUACUAAACGCAUACUGAACCCAUACUGAACCCAUACUGAACGCAUACUGAACGCAUACUGAACGUAUACUGAACCCAUACUGAACACAUACUGAACGCAUACUGAACGCAUACUGAACGUAUACUGAACCCAUACUGAACGCAUACUGAACGCAUACUGAACGCAUACUGAACGCAUACUGAACACAUACUGAACGCAUAGUGAAGGCAUACUGAACACAUACUGAACACAUACUGAACGCAUAGUGAAG